GAGAGAGAGAGAGAAAGAGUAGAGCACCUCAGUCUGCUGCAGGGAGAGACCAUGGGGGCUCUGACAGGGCUUCUCUCUGCACUAGUCGCUCUGCUAUGGACCCUCCCUCCAGGGUCAUUGGGUGAGGAAUGCAGUAGUUUCAGACACGUGGAGAACGGUAGAACAUUCUUCCGUUACAGCGGGCUGUAUGUAGCGUUCACCUGUAACCCUGGCUAUAAGAUCCAUGGAUAUAGAACCAACAGCUGUGUGUCUGGACAGUGGACCAGGGAACCUCCCGUGUGUGUUGAGUCUGAUAUGAUGAGGUCAUGGAAGCAGAAAGAGCCCACCGUCCCGAUGCCCAGGAUCCAGAGCCAGAACCUUGCCGUGCUGUCUGCUCUGAAGAACCACCUACAGCUUCACUACAAUACCAUCGCUAACACCGCCUCCAAGCCCGUGUUGCUGGCCAACGCACCACGUGGACCCCCACACCCACCUAAAAGACCCACACUCCAUAGACCGCAGCACCAAAGCUCACCAUGUGGAGGAGAAUUUGAAAGACACCAGGGAUCUAACAGACAGAGAAGGGGCCCUGAGAAGCCCACUAGACCUCAGGCCUCCACAUCCUCCUCUGCUACUACAGAGACCAUUACUUCCACAUCCAGCCUGCUGGUCGCUGAAGGGUAUUGGCACCAGGGGGCCUUUAUUCCCAGACUAUGCAGGAGGAUUCAUUACCCAGGAAGGGGGUGCUUUAGGGGCCACCCAGUUGGAGCCUGGCCAGGGCGUCAGCCAGCAGAUGUGAGCAGCACAAACACACAGGAGCCCUACUCCUCAGAGACCCACUGA